AUGGGGUUCAAGGUGAUCAUUAUCGGAGCUGGCUUAGCGGGCUCUCUGCUUGCGAAUGGUUUGCUAAACAACACGAUCGAGUUCAGCAUAUACGAACGUGAUAAACCAGAGUUACGGCGGACAGGCUACCUUAUCCGCCUGGGUGAAGAUGCAAAUAAGGGGUUUCGAGCCUGCCUAUCCAAGUCGCAAGUAGCCACUAUCCACGGGAGGUUUUCGCAGACCGAUGUCUCUCUCUCUACCGCGCCUGCGAUCUAUUCCUACCGGUUUCGUCCUCUUCUGGACCUCAGCCGCUUGCCCGGUUACGCUAAAGGUGCUUCGAUCAAUCGUCUGGUCCUACGGGAUGAGCUGGUGAAGCCGAUCAAGGAAGCCGCUCGGAUCCAUUUCGGGAAGGUUUUCAGUCACUACGAGAUUAUCCAUGAGGAUGGCAGCGAGCAAGUGAUGGUCCACUUCGCCGAUGGCACUUCCGACCGGUGCGACCUACUGAUUGGGGCUGAUGGGAGUGCCUCCAAAAUCAACAAGCAGGUUGGGGCUCGAAAUCUAGUCGAAAUAACCAGCCACUGGUCGUUUCACGUCAAAGGGAGACUGCCCCUUGCUCGCGUUCAGAAAUUACCCAGGAAGCUUUUGGAAGCUCCGGUCGCGGUUUUUCACAAGGGUGCUCUUCUAUACUAUGCCCUCUAUAUUCCGUCUUCCGGCCGGCCGCUGGACGGUAAACAGGAUAUCUUCGAUGGGAAGUAUGAUGAGUCGGUGGCAUCCUUCUACUGGGGGAUAAACAUUCCACGACAUCACAUCCCGUAUGAAAACCUCUCUGACAUACCCGAUCUCCGUAAGCUUUGUGAGGACUAUGUCAAAGACUGGGCUGCCGAAUGUCGCGCUAUGGUCGAUAGUGGAUCGACAGAUACUGAUGCCGAUGACAUGUACGCAGCUAGAUUGCGCUCAAGCACUCGCCUACCGACCAACUGGCGCUCACUUGCUCAAGUCCGAUCCAAGGAAGAGGGUCACCCUCGGGUGUGGUUGCUCGGUGAUGCCAUGCAUGCCAUGCUACCAAACAGAGGUCAAGGAGGGAACCAGGCGCUCCUCGACUGUGCCGAGAUCCUGCCUGAACUCAUCCACCUCAAUCUCCAAGCCAUGAAUGGAAAGACUCUAUCGUCGGAGGAUAUCAGUGAGUCAUGCAGUCGCUACGAGAAGAAGAUGUUUCCCCGUGUCUUUGACUGGGUGGAAAGGAGCGGAGGCAUUGUUGCUGAUCCUCCAUUCCCUCUUGACGGUAUAGUUGGAUAUCUAGUUUCGAUUUUUGCGACCGUUGCAAUCCCAGUUGCGAUACUCGUUAGUCGAAUUAGUCAAUUCUUUAGAAAGUUGUUCUGGCCCGAGGAAGCAUUCCGACCUUGA